CAGCCUUCGUUGGGAGGCGGGAACUUUGCAACUGGCUGUGCUGGCCACAGCUUCUUCAACAAAACCUCAUAUGGGCUGGUCAGGUGGGUGGCCAAGUGAGCGGUCUGUUUCGCCCGCGGAUUCGUGUUCGUCCAGAUCUGUAAUUGGUGCCAUCGAGAUCCCUAUGUUAGUGCUCAGUAUGAAGUCACUACCAAAAACACUAUCUAAACCGGCUAGGCCAUGCUUAACGCCGAUUCACCGAUGGUCCACUUACAAGAUCGUUGGCUUGAACAUACAAUAAUAAAUGUGUCAGCAUCCUUCCAACUAACAAGGGGGCAUCCGUCCGACGCGCAAACCUCCCUGCUGCCUUGAGGAUGCUCAAGACAUAUCCUACAGCCAUUUCACUUCCUAAAAAAUUGAAGCUCGCCUCCGCCAUUGGGCGCUUCAACUCGACCACAUCCACCUCCUCUCCCGAUCCGACUUAUACACAAUCUGGCUAUCGCCGAAGUCGAUAUCAACAAAGACCAGCCAGCACCACAACCACCACUUCCUCGACCAUGUCUGCUUCCGACACCACUCUUCCUCCUCCCUCGUCGCGGGCAACGCAGACAAAGGCUGAGAAGGACUCAAAGUCUCGCGGCGCCGGCUCUGCCUUCUUUCCUCUUGGUUACAAGGAAGCCGCACAGCAAUGGUGGUCCAGCGUAACCCCCCGCCAAGCAGAGCGCAACGUCCUCUGCUUCAUCCCCUACCUCCGCGAAGCCACCGCCGACAACGCCUCAACAGCCUCCCAACUAUCUGACCUCGCCAACGCCGACCCCUUCGGCCACCGAGUAUGGCGCCAAACCAUGGUCCCCCUCUCUGGCAAGGACCGAGCCCUGAACGAAUUCUCGAUCGAGCGAGUCGGCGAACAAGCCGACGACACUCUCGUCAUGCUACACGGCUACGGCGCUGGCCUCGGCUUCUUCUACAAGAACUACGAGCCGCUCAGCCGCGUGCCCGGCUGGAAGCUCUACUCGCUCGACAUGUUGGGCAUGGGCAACUCGGCGCGCCCACCGUUCAAGAUCCACGCCAAGGACCAACAGGGAAAGAUCCGCGAGGCCGAGGCAUGGUUCAUUGAUGCGUUGGAGGAGUGGCGGCAAGCCCGCAAGAUCGAGCGCUUUACGCUCAUGGGCCAUUCAUUGGGGGGCUACCUCGCCGUUUCGUACGCGCUGAAAUAUCCCGGUCGUCUCAACAAGCUGAUCCUCGCCUCGCCUGCGGGUAUCCCCGAGGAUCCGUGGGCCGUCAACGCCGCGAUGCCGGAACCGGAGGAGUCCGCGUAUGGGAAUGAGUUCACGCAGGAUCAGGAGAGUAUCGUCAACCGCGAAACGCCCGAGGGCGGCGCCAAUACGGCGUUCAUCCAGGCUGAUCCCAAGGAUAAGAAAGCCGUUGCUUCGUCGAUCAAAUCCAACUCUUCUUCAUCCGCCAACAAAACCAACAACAACAACGGAACCAACACCAAAAAAGACACAGCCCCACCCCGCCGUCCCAUCCCCGGCUGGGUCUCCUGGCUCUGGGACGCCAACGUCUCCCCCUUCUCCAUCGUGCGCAUGACCGGUCCCCUGGGCCCCCGCUUCGUCUCCGGCUGGACCUCUCGCCGGUUUAACCACCUCCCUCCCGACGAGAAGGAAGUCCUACACACAUACUCCUACUCGCUCUUCCGCCAAAAGGGAUCGGGCGAGUACGUCCUCCCUUACCUCCUCGCCCCCGGCGCGUUUGCUCGGUCCCCCGUAAUCAACCGCAUCCAGGAGGUUGGUCGGCAAAUAAUUGCCCAGUCAUCUUCUGUUGGAGAAGUACAAAAACCGCUUAGAGAAGCAGGGUUCCCCAUAGUCUUCCUCUACGGCGAAAACGACUGGAUGGAUGUUGCCGGCGGUUACGCGGCCGAAGAGAAAAUCAGAAAAAGGGUGGAGCAGGCUUUGACUGACCAGACCCGAACGGAAGAAGAGAGGAAGAGGGAGAAUGGGAGUGCGAAAGUGGUGGUUAUCAGGAGGGCGGGACAUCAUUUGUAUAUUGAUAAUCCGGAGGAGUUUAAUGAGGUUGUACGCAAAGAAAUGGAGGAGACGAAGGAGUGGGGGCGGAGGAUGAGGAAGGAAGGGGUUUUGCCGCCUCUGCCGCCGGUUGAGAACUAGGUCAGGUCAGAUGAGUUAGGCUGAGGGGGUGGUGAUGGUGAUGAUGGCUUUUUGCCUGGGCUUGGCUUAGACGGCGGCGUUUUUGGGUUUCUUUUGUCUACCCACUUUGCCCCUCUGGAUGUAUUUAUAUAGCGGCGUUGGGGGAUUUUGGUAUGGUCAGCCGGUAUGAUGCGCGGAUAUAGGGCAUUGAAGGAGUUUUCGGGAGGGAGGGGAGCAAAGGCGUGAAGAUAGAACUUCCUGUAGAGAGGUUACAAGAGCCCAUGGGAUAUGGUUUAGUUAUGGAAGUUAAUGGAUAGAAGUCUCAAGUUGUAGACCACAAUCUCGAUGAUAUAUAUAAAUAUUCAUGGUAUA